UUGAACUAUAUAGACUAUUCAAUCCAUGUUGAAUCCCAUAUUUCUUGUGUGACAGGUCGUCUCCCUCCUUGCCACUACUGUAUAUGGCACUAUGCCAAUGCACAGAGCAUACUGAUUGAGGGACAGUGCAAUGCGUCCUUAUAUAGAGAGGUGCAGACACACCUGUGACUGUGAGGAAUUCAAGAUUCAUAUACCACUGAACAAAGUGGAUUUCUCCCAACUUUGACAUGGAAUAAAAAGCUUAUUUUCCAUAAGUAGUAGAAGGUUCAUACACUACUGAACUAAGUCUUCCUAGACUAUUCAUAUUAUGAAUUCAGGUAGUCUGGGAAGUACGUAGUCCAAUAGUGUCAUCCUCUUGUCAGGAUUUUGACUGGAUUACUCAAAAAGUACACAGUAAAAGUACUUCUUAUUAUGAAUGUAUGUAGUCUGAGAAGUACUAAGUUCAAUAGUGUAUGAAUCUUGGACUACUUGUGGAAAAUAAGCUUUUUAUUCCAUGUCGAAGUAGGGCAAAAUAGACUUAAUCUUGUCCUCUUGUCAGGAUUUUGACUGGAUUACUCAAAAAGUACACAGUAAAAGUACUUCUUAUUAUGAAUGUGUGUAGUCUGAGAAGUACGUAGUUCAAUAGUGUAUGAAUCUUGGACUACUUAUGGAAAAUAAUGUAAGCUUUUUCUUCUUCUUCUUUGGGUUUUCUGGCGGAAUCCUCUGUUUCGGUGUGCAACAAAGUUAAAUAAAUAAAUAAAUAAAUAAAUAAAUAACUUCCAUAACGCCGGGUUGUUGCUCUCCGGGGCUGCAGCUGGAUGCUACUCAGUCCAGCAGUAUGAAUCUUGAACUCCUCUCAGUCACUCCCAGCUCUUCAGUGCCGUUUCAUGACGAUUACCGUAAAUGUUAGUAGAUUCGCGCACUAGAAAAAACCGUGCGGCUGAUUUGACCAGGCAAACGCGAAUCACGGCUGGCUUGACCGCGGUCGUAUUCAGCCACUGUGCCCUGGAUCUGCGCUGCUGUUUUGGCUCCGUUUAAUUUGUGGAUGCUCCGGACUCGCUGUCAGUGUCACGACUUCAGCUCGUGUGCUAUAGCCGUGUCGGCUAUUAAAAAAUAUGUCCCGCCCUGAGUGAACGUGAAUAUUAUACGACUGAUUGCUUAAGGGGCAUACUGUUGUUGUUUUCCAUGUGUUUUACGUAGUUCAUUCCUUUGUAUUAUUUAGUGUUUCGUUUUUGUAUUUUUGUAUUGUUAAUUCAUUUGGUUUCUUCCCUACCGGUCCUGUGUAGCACCUUUUGGCAUGUUUUAAUUUAUUUCCUGUUUUUGGUUAGGUGCUGUGGCCCAGAGGCUCCAGUCCAGUCCAUGGUGGUGGUUCCCUUCAUGAGUCCCCCUUUUUUUUGAUGUGUGAGUGCAGUGUCACGGGUGUUUUAAGUGGACCAGCCCAGCUCCAGCCCUUUCCCUUGACUUUUAUUCUUGAUUGGUGCUAAUUUUAUGUGAUAAUUAUUAUUAUUGUGGGUAACUGGUGUAUGGGAAAUUACUUAUUUUUGUUUAAUAAAGUAUUUCCUUAAUUUGAGACCAUCUCUUGCCCUUAAGCAUUAAAAGUUUAGCAGGUGGCAGGUGGCGUUGUCACUUGGUUUACCUUGGCUGAAAACACACAACCCAAACAUAGACUGGACCACAUCAACCAUUCAAAGUAGACAUUGACUUAACUAACGUUCCCCGUGAAUAUCAUGACUUACAAGAUGUAUUCAGCAAAGACUGUGCCCUUUCACUUCCACCUCACAGACCGUAUGACUGCACCAUAGACUUGCUCCAACGUUCCCCUCUCCCAACUAAAAUACUUUGUUUUUUCUUUGUAGAGAAAAAAAGGACCACAUCUUCCGACCUUGUGUAGCCUAUAUAGGUUUGAAUUAAAUAACUGUAAAAAUACCCACUCCCUCUCAUCGAAUUGGCCUUUGGACCGCUUCACGGUGCAAAAAUCUUUUCAAAACUAGACCUAAGAAAUGCCGAUCACCUUUGUUAGAAUUAGAGAGGGGGGGACGAGUGGAAAACUGCAUUCAACACACCUGGGACAUUUUGAGUAUCUGGUAAUGCUGCACACCUGCUGUCUUUCAGGCACCUGUCAGCAAUGUUUUGCGAGACCUACUAAACAGAGUAUUGUUUGUGUAUUUUGAUGCCAUUUAAAAGUUUGUCAAAGUUGAAAAAUGUAAACCUCAUGUCACAACAGUAUGUUUGCUAAGGUAAAAGCAGUAGAGGAUUGGCCAACUCCUUUGCCAAUUACUACAGAAGGUUCAUUAGGAGCUCCUUUCAUCCAGUUAACUUCUGUAAAGCAAGCUUUUGAAUUGUCAUCUGCUGCUCAGAAUGCUUUUGAUGAACUGACAUUUAUAUUUAUAAAUGCACCUGUGUUGAUUCACCCAGAUCCUGAUCUUCAGUUUGUGGUUGAGGUGGAUGCCUCUGAUUCAGGUGUGGGGGCCGUCCUCUCCCAGUGCCUGCCUGCGGACAAAAAAACUACACCCAUGUGCAUUCUUCUCUCAUCGCCUCACCCACACGGAAAGAAACUACCAUGUGGGGACCCGAGAGUUGAUGGUGAUUUCAUCCUCUUCUUACCUCUGCUCAACUCGCAGGCUAAACUCGACCAGGGCUCAAAAACCUAAAUCCAGAUGCCCUCUCACGCCAGUUUUUGCCCCUGCAGAAGAAAAAUCAGUGAUGGAAACGAUCCGCUCGCCAUCCUGUGUGGUGGUAGUGGUAAGGUGGCAGGAGGAGCAGGUAGUUCAGGAGGCCCUCCAGGAUCAUCCAGCCCCAGAUUGAUGCCCCCCUGAGCGACUGUUCGUCCCACCAACUGCAAGGGCUCCAGUGCUCCAGUGGGGGCACUCAUCCAAGCUGGCCCGUCAUCCUGGUGUUCACCGGGCCGGGGUACUGUUAUGGCCUGGGUUGUGUUUAUUUAUUUAUUUUGUGGUUAUGUUUUGUUGUGCACUUGUUUUCUCUACUCCUGUCUCCACUGUUUUACCUGCAGUGCUGGUAUUAUAAUCAUAACAAUCUUAAUAUGCAACCCAUCAGUUGCUGUAGUGUGUGUGUAUAGCAGGCUGAAGUUUGUACUACGCAUGUGUGGUUGUACUAUGGUACAAUUAGACUCCUUAGAUAUACUUUGAACUGCUUUAUUGAGAGAACAUAAACACAGAACUCAGGGACACUAAACACAUAUUAUCUCUGUAUUAGUCCAGCCCAGGUCAAUCCAAGAUCAUGUUCAAUAUGGUAAUUUAAGAUAGUGACUUAUAAUUACACUAAUUUGGUUGUUGUUGUUGUUGUUCAGAUAAAAGCUACUUUUUUUUAGGAGAAUAAACCACUUUUAUUGUUAUUUAAGAGGUACGCCCUCUGGCCUAUUUGUUUGUACCAUUGCAUGAUUUGGUUGACUGCAUGUGUACCGAAACUACCUUUGAUCGCUUAAAAACUGUGACACUUGUGUCGAGUCCACCUGCACACAGUUGUCACACUGUGAAGCAAUAGUGGGGGUUGACUGGUUUGCAAGGUACAUGGGUUUAAAGGGUGAGGCAUCAACAUAUCUUCUUUUUAUCUAACCUCUAUUUUAACUCGGAUGUCACAUUGAGAUUAAAAUCUCUUAUACAAGACAUUCAUUAUGAGUUCAUUAAAGCAGUUGCUGUAAACUACUUUAUUUUAUGCUACAUUUAAAAUCCUCUAAGGGAUGAGGAUCCGAGGUUUGAAAAUAAUAUGAGGAGGGAUGAGCAAAUAUCUAAAACACUUUCAUUGGAUACAACGAGUUGGAAAAAGGUUGAAAAUGGAAUGACAGUGUUGCAGUUUAAAUUAUUUAAAUAUAUGCUGAUCAGCUCGAGUUGACUGCCAUUAAGUAUAGGGUUGCUACAUAAGUAUAAGAGUUUCUCAGGAUAUUUAGUUGUGUUUGUAGUUGUGUAGUUGGAUGUGUAGAACAUGGUAGUUGUGUGCCAUCUCACUGUGACAAAUGAGCAAAGCCCUUACAUAAAGACACAAUCUCUUUUUUUUUGCAGGUUUGUCUCCACGGCCCUCAGUUUUCACAAUAAGAAGGCUGGUGUAAUAGAAACCAGACACAAGCCAGAAUGUGAGGCAUUCACAGCGGCAAGACCUCACUUCUUCACAUUUUGUUUAGUGCCAGGACAUUAAGAUGGAAGUGGAAAUCAAUGGAUCAGACUGAGGGUUCAUCAAGAGAGAGCAGAGGAGACUUUCAGGAUGGGAAAUGCUUGUAUACUUUUACCAGAUUCUAGUUGAAAAGCUUAAAAGACAAACAUGAGCUGGAGCUUCCUCACCCGUCUCCUGGAAGAGAUUCACAACCACUCCACCUUCGUGGGGAAAGUGUGGCUGACUGUGCUCAUCAUCUUCCGCAUUGUGCUCACAGCAGUCGGAGGUGAGUCCAUCUACUCGGACGAGCAGACCAAGUUCACCUGUAACACCAAACAGCCGGGUUGCGACAACGUAUGUUAUGAUGCCUUUGCUCCCCUCUCGCACGUCCGCUUCUGGGUCUUUCAGAUCAUCAUGAUCUCCACUCCUUCCAUCAUGUACAUGGGCUAUGCAAUUCACAAAAUAGCCCGAACUUCAGAGGAGGAGCGCAGGAAGCACCAAAGGCUCCGCAAAAAGCUGCCCCCUCAUUCGAGAUGGAGAGAGAGCCACCAUCCUGAGGAUGUCUUGGAACAGGAGGAAGAUGAUGAUGCUGAGCCCAUGAUCUAUGAUACACUGGAAGUGCAGGAGGCAAAGCCUGAGCAAGUAAGCAGCACGAAGAAAACCCCACCAAAAUACGAUGGCCGCAGAAGAAUAAUGCAAGAAGGACUGAUGAGAAUCUAUGUUCUUCAGCUCAUGUCACGAGCUAUUUUUGAAAUUGCUUUCCUUGCGGGACAGUAUCUCCUCUAUGGUUUUCGAGUCAGUCCUUCUUAUGUGUGUAGCAGGAUUCCCUGUCCACACAGUGUGGACUGUUUCAUCUCUAGGCCCACAGAGAAAACAAUCUUUCUUCUCAUCAUGUAUGUGGUAAGCUGUCUUUGUCUAGUGCUUAAUGUGUGUGAGAUGCUUCAUCUGGGACUUGGGACUUUUCGGGAUACACUUCGCAUGAAGAGGAACCGGGGCCGCGGAACAUCCUAUGGCUACCCGUUUUCGCGGAACAUCCCAGGCUCUCCUCCAGGGUACAACCUUGUCAUGAAGACAGACAAACCUGGCAGGAUCUCCAACAGCCUCAUCACACAUGAGCAGAACGUGGCUAAUGUGGCCCAGGAGCAGCAGUGCACCAGCCCAGAUGAGAACAUCCCCUCUGAACUGGCAAGCCUGCACCGACACCUACGGGUUGCCCAGGAGCAGCUUGACAUGGCCUUUCAGACAUAUCAAACCAAAAACAACCAGCAAACCUCCAGAACCAGUAGUCCAAUAUCUGGAGGCACAAUGGCAGAGCAAAACCGAGUUAAUACAGUCCAGGAGAAACAGGCAGCCAGGCCAAAAUCAGCAACAGAGAAGGCUGCACCCAUUGUAAAAAACGGGAAGACCUCCGUGUGGAUCUAGAGGAUAAAUCUAAUUUAAUGCAUUAACGGUAUCAAUGUUCUCUUACAGACUCUAGGACUGCACUGUAACACAUCUAGAGGAUGUGUGAGUGAGUUUAAUGUGUGACUUUGAACAAUAACACUGAGAAUUUCAAUCACCCUAUAGCUCACCCUAGGAAACGCACAUGAAGCAAUUAUCAAGCCCAGAAUCACCAAUCUUUUUUUGUUUCUGUUGUGUGUCAUUCUGUGCUUGCCAUAAUGUCCGGACAUAGUUAAUUAGCACAUGCUUACUUAUUGAACAUCUGUAUUUCCAGCUAAAAUGUCGAAGUCUAAACUGAGUGUUUUUAAAUCUAUUUAUCUGAUCUACCCUUGAAUGCCACUGAACUGGAUUAAUUUGAAGAAAUUUAACUAAGUGUGUGAUUGUACCCUAAAUCCUAAUUUGCACUUGACGAUGAUGAUUGCUGUUUGAAAGAUGCAUGACUAAUAUUUGGUGAGGUGUUUUUGGAAAAGUGUCGUUUUGACUGUUGCUGGAAUUAGAUAAAAGGAGAAAUAUUUUGGUAAGGGGUGGAAGAGUACUUUGAUUAGUGUGAUGAAGCAGGGCUGCGUCAAUGUAAGCUCUUUUUCGCUCAGUGCGAUGGUUUUCCGUCGUUGUGUGCAAAUCCUUUAUCCAGUGUUUUCCAAAGAAAAGCAGUGUCACAUCUAAAGAGAUAAAUGAAAAGAAAAUCAGUCUAUUGCCCAAAGUAAAUACUCGUUUUAUGCAAUCCAAAACAGAUACAGACAUAUGCCGGAGACAACUGGGGACAUACAGAACAUUUAGACUACAGUAGAACUCCCAUCCUUUGCUGUUAAGUUAGGUUCCAGUUGUGUUCAGGCAUGUUGGUAUUGAUGAUGUGUAUUGUAGUUCCUAUCCUCAUUUAAAAUUGAAUCCUGCCUUCAUUAUUGUCACACUUCAAAGUGCCUUAGACUUUAAAGACUGUUCUGGUAUUUUUUUCAUGAAGAAAUAAAUGUAUUUGAAGUCUCUGAUUUCCUUGUAUUAUAGUAGCUGUCUUGUCAUCUGCUUUGGGGGAAACUUCCAUUAUUAAGAGAGGACAAGCAUGUUGUUACAGCAAAAACGUUUUAUGUUACAACGAGAAAACAAUAUUUAAAAAAAGCCUAUAAGAUACUUUGUCUCCUACAACCUGAGAUAUUGUAAAUAUUUAAUACAUACUAAUUUAGUUUAGUCAUACCUGCUGUGAGACCUGUAGAAAUGUAUCAGUUAAGCAAUGUAAAUUUGUCCAAAGUAAUGUUCCAAGCUUGUAGGGCAGUACUUGUGCACACAACACUUACAGUAAGUAAGUCAUAAACUGAUGUUGCAGAGGUUUUACAACCUAACAAUCUAAGCACUAUUGUUGUGUCUUAAAUAUGGGAAAAUGCCAUAAAAAUGAGAAAGUACAAGUUUCCCUGAAUCAGCUGCAGCAAUUUAAAUAAAUGAGGGUAAAAUAAAACAUCCUUUUAUUGGUGUGUAAGGUUUAUAUGUGUGCAUGUAGUAAAAGAUGGACUUUUGGAGCAAAGCAUUAGUUGUGUUUUUUCUCUCCUAUGUUAAUUUAUAGAUAAUGAGUUCCAGGUGAAUGCUAUAAACAAAGGAUUCCAGGCUACACUGCAAUCGCUUUACUGCAGAGCCAAUCUCAGGACCAUUUGACAAACAGCAAAGAAGUUGUCGUAAAGUUCUUCCUUCAGUCACCAAUUUAUUAAAACCUGAAUAUGUGAAAUUGAGGUGAACAUAAUGAUCAUUUUCACUGUGUAUAUGUCAUUGGAGGAUGUUUCUUUGUAUGGAGAAGGGACCUGGAGAUAACAAAUAAAUCUUGGCAGUGCCCAAAUAAUAACA